AUGUCGGGCUCCCAAGGCACCGCUGAACAGCCGGGCCUUUCGCUCGAACUCCCGGUACUUAACUCCGAUCAAAUUUCCCACGAAAGCCCCAGAAAGCGCGGCGACCCAAGCGAUGACGAUAUUGCAUACUACGGUAAUACUGAUGACGACAAUGAUCGUAGCAGAAGUUCCAGCUCCAGCAGCGGCGGCGGUGGCGAUAGCAGCCCGGAACAUGGCCCGAACUUUAGCACUAACAACAACAGCAAACUACGGCCCAAGACGGCUCCGGCAGAUGUUAUUCUAUCUCGCGAUUCUACUCCACCAGAUCACAUUUAUGUGGCUAAACGACGACCAAGACGACAUUCAAACAAUGUAAAUGCUCCACCAAUCCGCAUCAAGGUUGGACGUAACUGCGAAAACCCAGCAGCUAGAAUUGUAUUCAAAAAACUGCUACCAGUUGGACCAGCUCCAGGUGCCAAUAUUGGCUUCACAACGACUAUCAUUAAUACCUUUGGCGAUAAUACAAUCCUAUCUCCAGAUAAUAAUAACCCCCCACGGCCACAUGCCUUGGAUAUUACUGAAACGCGCGUGUUCAGCAAUGAAGACCCGGCACCAGGUACGAUAACUACAACCACGGGCAGCGCCCCAGCAGCUGGUCAGAACUUCCUACCAUCUCUUAAAACAUCACUUUCUACGCCCUCACCUUCUCCAUCACCUAAUUGCAAAAAACGUGCAUCUACUAGCUUAUGUAUCUUUGAUGAACCGAGCGGGUACCAGAUGUUUGAGCGGUCUCAAUCACCGUCACCAACUCCUGCACAGCGCGCUAAAACAGCCACGGGAGCAACUUCAACCUCUUGGGUGCCCCCACCGUCAAACUGUUCGCCGCCAGUGUUGCAGACAGCACUUCGUAAUGACACUGCGCUGCUCUUCAAUUCUCAUAUUCCCAACAUCGAGCUGGUCUCGAAUAACAAUAGGAUAACAGAAAAUAAACCGAUACAACGACCAUCUACAUCACCUCUUCAGGCACCUCCUAUGCACGUAUCAGCGUCGGAAGGGUCGCCAUUAUCUCGUAAUGCUCACUUGACAUCGCCAACAGGAGCCCUAGGCCGUCGCUCACCAGGGAUUGCUUCCUUACGGAGAAACCCUAAACCCUACCGUGGUCGGCGACACACUGUGGGAGUGGCUGCUGCCUCCGAUGACAAUGAUAUGGGAGGUACACGCAUGAUAGAGCCAGGUCUGUCACGGUCACGGCCGCCCACGUUGUUUGAGUCGCCUGUCCCAGACCUGGCGCCUCCUCAAGACACAAUGCUUCCGGAAGAUCCUGGGAGUUUGGAUCAACUACCGCUGUCGCCGCAAUCGCCGAGCAGGACUCCAAGCAAACGCAAAAGACAGGAGGAAGAAAAUGAUGAAGAUGUGGAUAUGGAUAUAGAAUCUCCCAAGCGCCCUGUAUUGGUGUGUUCUAACAAAAUUCUAAAUGAAACAGCUGAUCGACUGGAACGAACCCUGUCGUUUGCCAACUUUGAAAAAGACACUACCGCUUCGGGUAAUCAAACGCAUUCUGUGCCUGCACACAACGAAGAGAGCCAUCCACCUAAACGGAUUAAAACGAUGAUGAUGGGUGGGGCUUUGGCUAGAAAAAGUAACAGCACAAGCAGUGCAAUCACAACAAGUAAUAAUUAUCGCAAUUCUCAAAAACUCAUCAACGUCCCCCGGCUGGCUAGCAUUCCAUUACUGCUACCGCUGCAGCUACCACCACCAUCUUCUCCACCAACACCUGUGGUACUUCAACCGCAAACGCCGCAGGGCAUUGUGCUCAAACCGUGGCAGCACAAUGCAAUUUUUGGACAUUCUAGUGGGAGCGGUGGAAGUAGUGGUGGUGCAGGACCUACUAGUACUAGUACGGAUUUAUACACACCGUCACUGCCACAUUUGUCUCAGUUUCUAGUUCCAAGGCACAUGUCAUCGCCGUUAGGCAAGCCUCCAACAGAUGUUUCUGUGUCGCUUAAUGGAUCAUCGCCAUUGUCUUCAAACCAAACAUCUGAAGGACGAACACAACAACAACCAAAGGAGCAACAAGAAGAUUCUGAUCAAAUUAUGACACCACCUGUUGGGCCAUACAUGACACCGCAACAGCAACAACCCCCGUUUAAACAAUUUUUGACACCGCCGGUAAUUCAGGGUUCUCCUGAUUUAGAAGCCCUGGUUGUUGCAACGGCUGCUUCACUUAAGGCCAUAUCAGAUACGCCUCUGGAGAAACAUCUACUGGACAGUUCAAUUGAGCAAGAUCAACCAACCAAUGUCCCGGCCAAGAAUAAGAAUCCCAAGUACCGAGUGGGGUUGUCAAAAUAUGCGCCAGUGGACUCUUUACACGGAUACCUUAGGAAAUGA